UCCCCUGGCUAGUUCUCCUCCGCCACCGAGCCCGACGCGCCACACGCUAGCUGAGAGGGAGGAGAAAGCAGUGAGUUCCGGAGCUCUGCCUAGCCCGGCCCAACCUUUGCUCCACAGAUCAUGGCUGCCAAGGAUGUGGUGGCGACGGGCGCCGACCCGAGCGAGCUGGAGGGCGGCGGGCUGCUGCACGAGAUUUUCACGUCGCCGCUCAACCUGCUGCUGCUUGGCCUCUGCAUCUUCCUGCUCUAUAAGAUCGUGCGCGGAGACCAGCCGGCGGCCAGCAGCGACAGCGACGACGACGAGCCGCCCCCGCUGCCCCGCCUCAAGCGGCGGGACUUCACCCCUGCCGAGCUGCGACGCUUCGACGGCGUCCAGGACCCGCGCAUACUCAUGGCCAUCAAUGGCAAGGUGUUCGACGUGACCAAAGGCCGCAAGUUCUAUGGGCCUGAGGGGCCGUAUGGGGUCUUUGCUGGAAGAGACGCAUCCAGGGGCCUUGCCACAUUUUGCCUGGAUAAGGAAGCACUGAAGGAUGAGUAUGAUGACCUUUCUGACCUCACUCCUGCCCAGCAGGAGACCCUGAAUGACUGGGAAUCGCAGUUCACUUUCAAGUAUCAUCAUGUGGGCAAACUGCUGAAGGAGGACGAGGAGCCCACUGUGUACUCGGAUGAGGAAGAACCAAAAGAUGAGAAUGGCCGGAAAGAUGAUUGAAGCAUUCAGUGGAAGCAUAUCUAUUUUUGUAUUUUGCAGAAUCAUUUGUAACAUUCCAGUCUGUCUUUAAAACAUGGUGAUUUCAAUCUUCAGAAAAGUUUCGAACCUGCUGUAAAUUUUUAAAUUAACAUCAUUAGUGACACUGAUAACAUUAACUUGUCUUAGAAUGCAUGAUAUGUUUGUGUGUCACAAGUUCAAAGGGUGAGAUGCAGUGCUGUAAUACAAAUGUUAAUGCUGUUUUUCUUCUAUCUGUAGUUAGUGCAGGCUGAAUUUCAAUGUGUUUUUCCAGAGAGACAGGUAAGACUUGGGUAUUUUCCAAAACUGGUAAAAAUGUCAAAAGUGCACCAAGAAUAAGUCAGUCAUGAUGUUUUCUAAAGACAACAAAUCCCUUUUUUUCUCAAUUGACUUAACUGCAUGAUUUCUGUUUGAUCUACCUCUGAAGCAAAUCUGCAGUGUUCCAAAGGCUUUGGUAUUGAUUAAAGACCUGUCUGGUAACAAAAUGAAAUCUCAAAGCUGGGCUCCACUAGAAAGAAAGCUUACUUACUGGGUUUCUGGGCUGCUUUGUUCUUGCUGUCACAUGGACACUCAGACACCCUCACAAAUACAGUACUCUACAUUGAGGAUCAAACAGGAUCUGAACAUUCCAAAGAAAACUUUCGGAAAAACCACCUGGCUUGCCUAAAAACCUAAAUAUAUGAGGAAGAUUGGAAGACUAUCUUCCCAACCCCCAUGUUUGUGGUGGGACAGUGGUUAUUUGGUCAUUUUACACAAUUUGAAAUGAGAGGGACAUACAGAACAGGAACAGGUGUUUGCUCUUAAGAGCCUUCAUACGACACCCCUGAACAAUGAGGAAACAGUACGGUCACUAGCCAAGUGAAUUUUAAAGUAAAGUAUAUUCAUAAGGUAUUAGUUAUUCUUCUGUUAUUACAAAACUGUAGCCACUGCAAAAGUAGUAGUCAAAUGUCUAGGUAUUUGAUAUUGCUCUUUUGGUUAACACUAAGCUUAAGUAGACUAUACAGUCGUAUGAAUUUGUAAAAGUAUUAUAUGAACAACUAGUGAGAUUUCAAACUCUUGUACUUGUAGUUAAAUAGUCAUUGUAUUUUCUUGUGAACUGUGUUUAAUGGUUUUACCUCAAAUCAGAAAACAAAAUGAAGUGCUUUGGUCAGUUAAUAAAAUGGUUUUGCCCAGUA